AUGGAUCACACUCGCGACCCCUGCCCCUGGGUUAUUCUCAAUGGUGGCACGAUCUGGCAUGGAGUGAAGGGUUUUAGAAACAGCCCCUAUGGAGAGCGUCGCAUUGGUGCCAUCACCGCCAUCAAGAUGCGUGCGCCAGUUCUGGGUGGAAACUUUGGAGUCUGCACAUUCGACUGCUCUGUGAAGGGCAUCAGGCAAAAAGAAGAUCCGUGGAAUGCCAUUAUCGCUGGUUUCUUCACGGGAGGCAGUCUCGCGAUCCGUGGCGGGUACAAGGCGGCGAGAAACGGUGCCAUCGGCUGUGCGGUCCUCCUCGCCGUGAUUGAGGGUGUGGGUAUUGGUUUCCAGAAGAUGUUUGCAGGCUCAACCAAGUUGGAGGUCAGUUUUGCCCCCUUUCUCCAGGAGCGCUCUGCGCGAGCCAUCAUUAACUUUCAACCACUCCAGAUGCCUCAGCCUCCUCCCCAAGACGGCGCCAUGGUGUAA